GGAACCCUCGUGCCUCGUUCCUUAUAUAUGAGAGGCAAAGACUUUAACUUUUAUGUUGAAUGUUAUUUGAAUUUCAUUUUACAGCUCGUGUUUUAAAAAACAAACCUUAUUCAUUUUAUCUAGAGGAGAAUGUGAAUGUAUUUUUGUAGUGAUAAAAUGUCGUACCUACCUCUUAAUAAUACGAUAAGGCGGUCCGUAUCGCGGGUGUUUUCAUAUGAGUAAAAACACAGCUUUGGUGUUGUUUUUAUGAAACUAUUGAGAUGUUUGUUGUUGUUUUUUAUUUUUAUUUUCUAGACGUUGUGAUAAAUAUUGACAACGUCUAGAAAUACACUUUAGGGGCAUGAGGUGUAGUAUAUAAUGGAUAUUAGCAUUGAAUUGCUCAGGAGUUUUGGCGUGGCUUGUGCCUGAGACAGAUUAGUGUUUUUCGGCGGCACUUCACACAGUGUGUGUUUACACUUUCUCCAUUUCCGCUGGGGUUUAUUUCCACCCGGAAGAGCAGUUUCAGUUUGAAGUCUCUGUGGGUCAGGAUGCUGGGAAAUCAGUAUGUGUUUCAGAUGUCAGGACUGAAGGAUCUCCAGCAGAAAGCAGAGCUGCUUUGGGCCAUCAGGAAGCUCCAGGGUCACUACAUCGGAGGAUCUGUUUAUAAAGAGGCAAUGACGCAUCUCAUCAUCGCUAAGCCAUCAGCGAGCGAGAAGUUCCUUGCAGCAUGUGCCGCAGGGAAAUGGAUAGUAACGCCCCAGUUUGUUCUGGACAGCGUGAAACACAAGGCAUGGCUACCUGAAGCCUCAUACGAGUUAAACCUCACAGCGAAUGGUCAGGCCUCUGUGAUUGCAAACCCUCUACAGAAAUGGAGGAAGAAACUUGCCCAAGGCAUCACGUCUGGAGCUUUUCAGAGUUGGGUUGUUUAUCUUGAGAUUGAAGAUCAUGUUAAGAGAGCCAGGUUUGAAAGAAUACUGAAAGCAGGCAAGGCUGUGCUCUGCACUGAUAAAUCAGCCACACAAACUAUUACACAUGUGUUAACCAAUGAAGGAUCCAAACCCUCUCAGAAACUCGCUGCACCUUAUUUCAGCAUCACCUACAUUGCUGAACAUCUCUUUGGGCCGUCGUGCUCGGAUUUGAACUGCUCCAUUAAUUUGAACAAACCGAGCCAGCAGGCGAGCUGUGUUCGACCAGAGGUCAUGGAGUGCAGUUCUAUAACAGUGGAGGAUGAAGCAAUGGAUGUUCCUGACGAUUCCUUUCUGUUAAAGCUGGAGGAAACACUUAAAGACUACAUCACCAGAAUGGAGGUGCAGAAAAGAAAGCUGCUGAGAGUGCCAGGGUUUUGUAACUACUACACUCCCGUCUUUCCAACGCAGGUCGCAGUGGUGGAUUUCAGUAAUGUUCAGAGCCUGGUGGAGUGCAGCCUCUUUCCCCAGGCCCUGGAAGAGGUGCAGGGUCGUCUGAACCCCGGCGUGCUUCCUCCAGUCUCGGUGCUCCACGUGUGCAUGCAGCAUGCACUCCAUGGUGAAGCAGAGCCGUACUUCUUCAGCAUGUUCAGCAUUGUUCUGAACGACAUACUGUGUAAUAACCCUACAUGGAGCUUUCCUGCAAGUGUCAAGUACUUCUCGCAGAUCCUGCAGUGUCCAGAGUGUAAGAAGGGGGUGUGGCCGUUCCUGCAGACGUCUGUGAGGUUCUGCUUGGGGAGCACACUGACCUGUCACAUACUGCCUAGCCCCGCCUCAACAGAGCUUCUCCGUUUCCAUGGCAAUCUGCAGGCGUUCAUUCUCAGGCUGUUUCAGCUGGAGCUGCACGCCACGGCUUCAGCUAGGCGGGCGGCUGGCUCGCGGGGCUCUGUGCUCUACAGCAUGUUCUGGGGCGUGUGGGAGAAGACGACGCUGAGCUCCAGAGCCCUACAGCAGCUGGCUGAAUUGCUGGUAGAAACCACACUCUGGGCACUACACUCCUCUCAGGAGUGGAGGCUGCGAGUGUUGGGCACGCUGCAGGAGAUUCUGGCUGUAGUGGUGGAGUACUGGGCUCAGGAGCACGCUCAGCUCAACAGACGGCUGGUGGAGGAAGGCUUUCAGGACUUUGCAGAGUACAUGGCUAUUCUGUGCCGAGACCUUCAUCCAGACAUUCUGAGGGAGCUGGUUCCUGGCCUCCCAUCUCACCGGCUGAGGAUGCUCACUGCUGAUGCAAUCUACAGAAACAUCUGCACUAGGAACGGCCUGCUCAUCCGGUCAGAGCCGCUCUCCCUCCACAAGAUAGUCUUCUCCUACCUGAAGGCCCUGGGGCAGUUGUGUGGGUGCGAACCGAGGAAUUCGUCCAAGCACCAGACUGAGAGGACUGUCUUACCCAGCUCAGACAUUCAGGGUGCAAGAGAAAGAGAGCGUGUGGGCGGAUCGGGCUUGGCGAAGGACAACAUGCCAAAAGGUUUCCAUCGAGUCAAUUCUGCAGGGGAGACACUUCUGCAUCGAGCCUGCAAGAGAAACCAGGUGGAGACAGUGCUGCAGAUCCUCAGAAUGCCUGGAGUGGAUGCCAACGUUAAAGACCAUGCAGGCUGGACUCCCCUUCAUGAAGCAUGUAACCAUGGCAGCGGAGAGUGUGUGAGGGCUCUACUGCAGCACUGCCCUGGCCUGCAGCUGGACGGCCAGGUAGAAGGAGUGAGUCCGCUGCACGACGCCCUGCUUAACCGGCACACACACAUCGCCAAGAUGCUGCUGCGCCAUGCCGGUUCUGUGCUGUUGCAGUUGCGCGAUUGUUCUAAUCACACUCCAUUGGACCUGGUCUCCUGUCCGGUGCUGCGUGAGGAGCUCAUUCGCUGUGCUGAAGAAGGGGACACAAGUCUGACGGUCCAGCGGUCUGAGGUGAGAGACAUGGCCUUUGUGGAGACCUGCUCGUUUCUCCUCAGCUGCCUCCUCCUCACCUAUUUAGCGGAGCAGCACAUCCCCCCGUACGAAACUGCACAGCCAGUGCUAGAGCUUAGUCGCUCUACAGCACAGACACUGCUUAGCCUGAACCCAGAGACACUAAGCUCACACUGGAAAGACUCUAGAGCAGGGGUCCUGGCCCAUGACCUGAGGACUCUGAUGAGUAUGGAACAGUACGUGCUGCAGCUGAAUCCUGCGUUAACACACUGCCACGGGACACACACCAGUUUGCUCAUCCAGCUGCUGAAAGACCUGCAGGCUGAGGGGAAUGCUCUGCUCGACGGCAAGCCUGAACCUUGACUAGCACCUAGCGUUUCCACACUUGCAAAGAGCUAGUUCUCAUUCAUUUGUUGACGGGACCGAGGGAAAUAUCCAGUCUUUUUUUCACUAUUGUAGAUAAAAUAGUGUAAAUAUUAUUAUUAUUAUUAUUAUUAUUAUUAUUAUUAUUGGUAAUAGUAAUAUUCCAUUGUUUUAUACUUAAGCUAGUCUGUUUAAACUAAUCUCUAGUUUCUUCUCUGACCUUAAAUGUUUCAUCAAAUACUUUUUUUUAAAAAUACAAAAUAAUAAUAAUGAUACUUUUUUCACCGUUGCUACAUGGGAAAUGAAUAGUGAUGCACUUAAGCAACCAUAAGAAGUUAAUCUCUGUGUGUAGAGUGUACAAAUUAGUAAGAGACAACCGGCUGCAAUAAACAUGGAGAAUCCACUA